UCUUCUAGUUGUAAAAAUUUGUCCGCACUAUAUAUAGUUUGAGCAAAAUAACUCGAGCAAAGGAAAAAAUGGCGAGCCGAACAUCGGAUCUAGUUGGGCGAGUCCAUCCAAGUCUCGAUUUCGAUCAUGACAAGUUGCUCCAAUACGCCUCCGCCAACGUCCAUGGCUUCCCUCAUUCUCCCACUACUUUCACAGUCUCUCAGUUUGGUCAUGGUCAAUCGAAUCCUACUUAUCUUAUUAAAGUGGGUUCUGGGUCUUCGUUGAACCGAUACGUUCUGAGGAAGAAGCCUCCUGGGAAGUUGCUGGAGUCUGCUCAUGCCGUCGAGAGAGAGUUUCAGGUUCUUCAGGCAUUAGGAGCUCAUACUCAAGUUCCGGUCCCUAAAGUUUUUUGUUUGUGUACUGAUCCAAGUGUCAUUGGAACUGCUUUUUACAUCAUGGAAUAUUUGGAGGGACGCAUUUUUAUUGACCCCAGGCUACCGGGUGUAGCUCCUGAAAGUAGAAGGGAGUUAUACAAAGCAACUGUGAAAGCUUUAGCUUCCCUGCAUACUGCAGAUGUUGAUGCUAUUGGUCUAGGAAAGUAUGGGCGUCGAGACAAUUAUUGUAAACGACAGGUUGAUAGGUGGGCUAGACAAUAUAUUGCUUCAACUGGAAAGGGUAAGCCUGCAGGAAAUCCUAAGAUGUUCGAGCUGAUAGAUUGGUUACGGCAGCAUAUUCCUCUUGAAGAUUCUUCAGGGGCCGCAGGAGGCUUAGUUCAUGGAGAUUUUCGCCUUGAUAAUCUUGUUUUCCAUCCAAUAGAGAAUCGAGUGAUUGGCAUUCUUGACUGGGAAUUGUCUACUCUUGGAAACCAAAUGUGUGACGUUGCAUACAGCUCUAUGCAUUAUGUUAUGGACCUUGCAGUUGACAAAUCUCAAAUUUCUGAAGGUAUGGAACUUACUGGGAUUCCAGAAGGAAUUCCAUCGCUGGCAGAAUAUUUGGCAGAGUACUGCUCUUUAACUCAUAAACCAUGGCCUGCAGCUGUGUGGAAGUUUUAUAUUGCCUUUUCUUUGUUUCGAGGAGCAUCAAUCUAUGCAGGAAUAUAUAGUAGAUGGCUUCUGGGUAAUGCUUCGGCAGGUGAGCGUGCCCAGCAUUCUGGAGACAAAGCUAACGCUCUUAUAGACUCGGCAUGGGCAUUUAUUAACCGGGAUUAUGUGCUUCCGAAUAGUCCUCCUUCAAGUGCUUCUGUUCAAAAAAAUAUUUUGGACCCAUCUGGAAAUGCAAGUAGAGAUCAGGCAUAUUCAGGAACGGGACGAUUUGUUCCCAGCAAGAAGGUAACGGAAUUGAGAAAUAAACUGAUUAAGUUUAUGGAAGAUCACAUAUACCCCAUGGAAAAUGAAUUCUACAGACUAGCUCAGUCUGGUUCACGUUGGACAGUUCAUCCAGAGGAAGAGAAGCUAAAGGAACUAGCAAAGAAAGCAGGACUUUGGAACUUAUGGAUACCUUUUGACAGUGCAGAAAGAGCAAAAAAACUGAUUUUUGAUGGAAGCAAUUAUCAUUCCUCUAUUGAUACAUUCAAUCAAUUACUGGGGGAAGGCCUUUCAAACCUUGAAUAUGGAUACCUUUGUGAGAUCAUGGGCCGUUCUGUUUGGGCACCUCAAAUUUUCAAUUGUGGAGCACCUGACACAGGAAAUAUGGAGGUAUUAUUGAGAUACGCAAAUAAAGAACAACAACUUGAAUGGCUUAUUCCUUUGCUUGAGGGGAAAAUUCGAUCAGGAUUUGCAAUGACAGAACCAAAAGUUGCGUCGUCUGAUGCAACUAACAUUGAGUGUUCUAUAAAAAGACAAGGAGAUUCAUAUGUCAUCAAUGGGACUAAAUGGUGGACAAGUGGUGCCAUGGAUCCAAGGUGCAGACUUCUUAUAGUUAUGGGAAAGACGGACUUCAAUGCAGCCAAACAUAAGCAACAAUCUAUGAUCUUGGUUGAUAUUCAGACUCCCGGUGUGCAUGUAAAGAGACCACUGAUGGUUUUUGGCUUUGAUGAUGCACCGCAUGGACAUGCAGAAGUAUCAUUUGAGAAUGUACUUGUCCCAGCAAAAAAUAUUUUACUGGGAGAAGGGCGUGGAUUUGAAAUUGCCCAGGGUAGGCUGGGCCCUGGAAGGUUGCAUCAUUGCAUGAGGCUGAUAGGUUCUGCUGAGCGUGGCAUGCAACUGAUGGCUCAAAGAGCUCUUAGUAGAACUGUCUUUGGGAAGUUGAUUGCCGAGCAAGGUUCUUUUCUUUCAGAUUUGGCGAAGUGUCGUAUAGAGCUGGAGAAAGCUAGACUAUUGGUUUUCGAAGCAGCUGACCAGCUUGAUAUACUUGGAAAUAAGAGAGCACGAGGGACCAUAGCAAUGGCCAAGGUAGCAGCCCCAAACAUGGCACUCAAGGUGCUUGACAUGGCAAUGCAAGUACAUGGUGCUGCCGGGUUAUCUUCAGACACUGUUCUGUCUCAUCUUUGGGCCACGGCCAGAACGCUGCGUAUUGCAGAUGGUCCGGAUGAAGUUCAUUUGGGUACAAUUGCCAAGUUAGAGCUGAGGAAGGCUAAGCUUUGAGAUCUUUGUAUUGACCAUUUCAAUAAAAAGGCCUUUCCUUUUUGUUAUGAACAGAAGAGGAAUAAUCUUAGUAUAAUAUUUAUGUAACAUGUAAGGGGGAAAAUAACUAAAAGAAUAGAAGAUACGAGGGAGAAGAAAAUAAAGUGUACUUUGAACUUUUGCUGGUA